AUGAAUCGUCUGACUUCUUCUCUGUACUACAGAGAAGAGUAAGGAGUAGGUGACAUCGAGCCCCCAUGGCCUUUUCAACCAUCCAUCUCACGGAUUCCAAUCUAAGAACUGCCUCCAGCAUUGUGAAUUCGGGUGGAGUUCCUUCUCGACAAAUAAUAGCAGCCACAAUCUCAAAUUCUUUGUUUGCGUACUCCAUAGCGCAUCGUUCGAGUCCAUGACGUAGAGCACGGCACUGCCAUCGUCUUGCACUUGGAGAUCUAUGGAGAUUACUCGCCCAAAUCGCAACAUUUCGUUCAGAGUCACCAAAGACCACACUGCUGCAGUCCAGCUGCAUGGUCGGAUCAAAUCGGGAACUCGGAGACCAGAUGGCAUCGUUCGGGUUCGACUUCUGCAUGCCGUGGGUCGCACCAUCGUCGUAGUCGGGACCCGUCGCCAUCAUCAGGAUGAGGCUCGCACGGUCACAGUCCCCGUUCCGUAGGAUCGGAGUCCCGUCGUGCCGACGAUGGACGUGGGGGAAAAUUCGAAAGAAAACUUACCCGUGGUCGUUUCUGAUGACCACCACGGCGUACGGGAGCAUGUAUAAUUUGGUGGUCGAAAGCUGGCACUUUGGGAAUUCUGUGGUCACCUCCUUCGCCGAGAGGCACGUACAUCACGAUCCUAAGGAUCCCUUGGAAAGAUUGUACGAUGGUGUUGACCAUGCCUGGACCGCAAUUGGGAUUCGGAUUCAUGUUUCGGGUACCAGUUCCGCAUCGAGCUUUGCAGUGAACGCAUCCACCUCGUCUUCAUCGAUUUGAGGGAACAAUCCCUUUCGACAGGUUUGUGGUGUGAGCGAGACACAAGGUCCGCAGGGAACCAAAGCAAGCAGCCAAAAGAUUUGAGAUUGAGCUGCUUCUGGCCAUUCCCAUCUACGUCAGUCAGUGCGUGCUGCUCUGCUGUGCUGUACCCCUCUCUGGCUCUCUGUCCAGCACUCUUGAGGACGAACGAGCGCAAGUUUUCCAGUAGAUCGGAUUUGUUGUACAAAUCACAGCUGAUCACGCUACAGCCGAGCAGAGCUCAGAAUUGAGACGGCACAUGCCACUGCCGUGACAAAGCUCAAGUCCAUGAGUUGCGAGCCCGACGGCUUCCUUGUACAUAUUUCUUACAACAACAGAAUUCAACGAUCGGCAGGGAACAUUCCUUGGAGUGGAAAACCAGAAAUAUGAACUGGUGUUUAUUGUGAUUGUCUCCAUUGACAUAUAAAGUUAAGAGCAUUCGCAGGUUGGAAGUUGGUGAUUUUGUUGUUCGAGAGGUGAUAUUACAAGAUUCAAGUCUUGCAGAUAGCUUUCGAAGGACGAGGAUAGAUCAUCGGUCCUGUCCACGACGUUUGACUUGGUGUGAUUUAGCCCAGUAGGAUCUGAUCGUCUUUACAUCUUCUCACUCCCACUCUUCGUCCAGAACUUAGAGAUGAAUCUGUUCUCAUGCGCAAUUGUAGAGCAUUCUAUUGGAGAGUCAUGAACCAAACACGAAGAUUUCAUAUCACAGGAUGCGUGUUCAGGUAUAACUGGAACUCGACCACUCGCGCAAGGAUUUCCUGCUGCUAACUUUCUAUAAGCUGAGAAGCUUCAGAGAUUCACGUACCUCCAAGUACUGGCAGAAAAUCGAGAGCACUGGCCAAUGCUUUGAACUGAUCGGAUUGCUUGUCGGUACUUCUUAUCUGAGAAGAAGAUUUUUUCAACAUCAUAGCUUUCUGUACAAAGAAAGAAAGCCAGCCAUACGUUAAGGAUCACUCCAAGAACCAUUCAUGAUGUUAAUCAUGUGUAAAAGUUCGCUCUUAGAGAUUGUUGCUUGCCUCCAUGUGCAACAGACACUUUCAUCCGUGAAAAGCUCUGUCUUCUACAUAACUGAAUGUUGUCUCUUCUGUACAGUUUGAAUGUUGACGAACCUCUCGUAUGUUUAGCUCGG